AUGGGUUCCAUAGCAAUGGAAGAACAACCAUCGAUAAAAGUGGAAAAACCAAUCUUUUCAUUCAAAGCAAAUACACUUGAAUAUGCGCAAUCACUUGAUGCUAAAGACCAUAUGCGAAGAUUCCGCGGUCAAUUCAUUAUUCCAUCAAAAGCCAACAUCAAAGCAACAAAGUUGGAGAAACCAGGUCUUUCCGAUGAUUCUUCCAUAUAUUUUUGUGGAAAUAGUUUAGGUCUUCAACCUAAAUGCACAAAAGAGUAUCUCCAAGCACAUUUGGAUACUUGGUCAUCCAUCGCUGUCCAUGGCCAUUUCCGAGAUUUGGAAGAUUCUCCGUUGACACAAUGGCAAUUGCUCGCUGAACAUGCCGCGAAACAGUCUGCACCAAUUGUUGGUGCUAAGGCUUCCGAAGUGGCCAUUAUGGGUACUUUGACUUUGAAUUUACAUGUAUUAAUGGCUUCAUUUUACACACCUACUUCGGAAAAGAACAAGAUUAUCAUGGAAUGGAAAGCCUUCCCCAGUGAUCACUAUGCCAUCGAAUCACAAAUCAAAGGCCAUGGAUAUAAUCCCGAUGAAGCUAUGGUUAUGAUUGGACCAGAUGAAGGGACUUACGAGAUCUCCACCGAGAAAAUCCUACGCACAAUCGAUGAACAUGCCUCCACAGCCGCCUUACUCCUCUUACCCGGUAUCCAAUACUACACUGGACAACUGUUCGAUAUCAAGACUAUUACCGCGUAUGCACAAUCUAAGGGAUUAGUUGUGGGAUGGGAUCUCGCACAUGCCGCUGGAAAUGUACCAUUGCAACUUCAUGAUUGGAAUGUGGAUUUUGCGGUUUGGUGUACGUAUAAGUAUAUGAAUGCUGGUCCUGGAAGUAUUGCGGGAGCAUACGUGCAUGAGAGACAUGGUGAGGUAGACUACAGUGAAGGAGAGGAUAAACCUAAGUAUCGACAUAGAUUGACGGGAUGGUAUGGUGGUGAUCAAAGCUGUCGGUUCUUGAUGAACAACAAAUUCCGUCCCUCUCCCGGUGCUUCCGGCUAUCAAAUCAGCAAUCCCUCAGUCGUAGACCUCACCUCUCUCUGCGCCGCCCUCUCCAUCUUCAAUCAAACCUCCAUGGCCGAAAUUAGUCAAAAAACUGUCCACCUAACCGCCUACCUCGAACAUCUCCUCCUCACCUCCAACACCUCAACUACCUCCCCAGCAUUCAGCAUCAUUACUCCCUCUGAUCCUUCAGCACGAGGAACCCAGUUGAGUGUGUUAUUAAAACCCGGCCGCUUGGAAACGCUAUCGAAUAUGUUGGAAGAAGCGGGUAUUGUGGCGGAUAAGAGGAAACCGGAUGUUAUCCGUGUGGCACCCGUGCCGUUGUAUAAUACGUAUGAGGAUGUAUGGAGGUUUGUGCAGAUUUUCAAUGCUGCUUUGGAAAAAUGCGCGGAAGCUUAG